ACAGCGGGCACCGCGUCAUCUGGCAAGGCAGUGGGCUCCGAGUCAACAGGCACGACAGUGGGCUCUGAGUCAAUUGGCACGACAGCGGGCACCGGGUCAUCAGGUACCGGAUUGUCUGGCUCGACAGCGGGCAUCGGGUCACCAGGUAUGACAGCAGGCACUGGGUCACCAGGCAUCAGGUCAUUUGGCUUGCCAGCGGGCACUGCGUCAUCUGGCAAGGCAGUGGGCACCGGGUCACCAGGCAUUGGAUCGUCUGGCUCGACAGCGGGGCAUCGGGUCACCAGGUAUGACAGCGGGCACUGGGUCACCAGGCAUCAGGUCAUUUGGCUCGCCAGCGAGCACCGCGUCAUCUGGCAAGGCAGUGGGCACCGAGUCACCAGGUACGACAGCGGGCUCUGAGUCAAUUGGCACGCAGCGGGCACCGGGUCAUCAGGUAUGACAGCGGGCACCGGGGGGGUCAUCAGGUACCGGAUUGUCUGGCUCGACAGCGGGCAUCCGGUCACCAGGCCUAAUAGGAUCGUCAGGCUGGAUCAGUUCAUCAUGCUGGGUAGAGGCAUCAGGCUGAAUGCAGGCAU